AUCCACUUGUGUGUGUGUGACUUUUGUGUAAAACAAAUUACUGUGAAUUAGUUAUCAAAUCCACCAAAUAAGGAGCAAAUAACGCACAUCCGAGGUGGCAAUGAGGCCGUUACACCUCGGGUGUGCAUUUAUUGUCCAAUAAUUCAACGAACAGGAGUCAAUUAUUCCUUACUUAUUUCUGGAAAUAUCAAUUUUCUGUCAAUUUGUUUGUUGUUAAAUGUGUGUGCCGUGGUGGUUAGUUCAGUUAACUGCAAAGUGACCUAGAACUGUAAUGCGGUCAAGACCUGACUGGAACUACUUUAGCUGCCCGUUCACUGAAAAAUCAUUGCACACCUCGGAACAUCUAUCAGCCAAUCAGAAUCGAGAAUUCAGUAGCGCUGUGGUAUACGCAACUUUAAAUGCUGUUAUGACUGAUGUUAUAGCAGCUAUAAAAAUUAAUUUCCUCAUCUGCUUCUCUUUUGCCAUGUCAUAGAGAAACCUGUGUUCUGAAGAUAUCUGACAACUUAAAAUUACACCGUCAACUCUUAACUCCUUGCCUAAAUGUCUAACACUCUAUCCAUCUAUAUCCAUCCAUCCAUCCAUCCAUUUUUUUUAUUCCGCUUAUCCUACAGGGUCGUAGGGAACCCGGAGCCUAUCACAGGGCGCAUGGGACACAAUCACAUACACGUUCACACACUACAGACACUUUGGACAUGCCAAUCAGCCUACCAUGCAUGUCUUUGGACUCGGGAGGAAACCGGAGUACCCGGAGGAAACCCCCGGGCACACACCGGGGGAAUUGAAUCCUCAACCCUGGAGGUGUGAGGUGAACAUGCUAACUGCUAAACCAGCAAUUACACAAGGAUUUUAUUUUACUCAGGUUAUUUAUUUACUAUUUUAUACUAUCCCUCUUUUCACAGCUUAACAGACAUAUGAAAUCUUUUACAAAAUUGUAUGAGUUUUCGAGACAUGAGGAUGUUAUUUAUUUGCUUUCUUUUUGGGAUGUGUGUUUUCCAUCCAUGUUUACUUGAUGGUCAUUAUUUGUAGUUACACACCAGCUGCGUUUACAUGGUCAACAAUAAUCCACUCUUAACCUGAUUAAGACCAUACUUUGAUUAAGAAACUACCAUGUAAACAGCAAUUUUUAUUUGCCUUAAUCUAAUUAAGGCCAUACUCAAAUUAAGCUCUAAUCGAAUUAAGACAGGUGGAGUACUCCUAUUUUCGCAUUAUGGACGUGUAUUACAGACAUGUAAACAUCUUAAUCACAAGAUUAACGUCGUGAGUUUUCACCGCAUUUUGCGACAGGACACGAUCACACACGGCAGUUCUCAACAUUUUACGGCGAAUAAGAGACUUCGGCCGCGUCCCAAACCGCAUACAUUUCUACUAUAGGCCUGUAGUGGGGAAAAAUACAUGUAUCUGGGCGACUAUAUAGAUGAUAAAUACGCGGUUUGAGACGCAGCCCCACAGCUUCAAGCAGUUGUCUAUUAGCACGUACAGCAUGACUAAUAAUUAACUGCACUUAAAGCGUUCGUAAAUAAAUGAAUAAAAACACCCAAAACUGUAUACGGUCCCAUAACGAAGUCGAACUGUAUGUUAAUACGUAAGAUUCUGGUGGGACGUCGACGGCGUGGUGCGGUGACGUAAUGACGUGUGCUGUUAAUCGAACUAUGUUCUAGAACAUGUAAAAGGGGAACAUGACAGGAGUAUUCUAAAAGCGACUCAUGCAUUCUAAAAGCGACUCGUUUUCAGACUGGGCGCCAUUUUGCCGCGCUGUGUUCCUGUGCGCGAGAGAGUUGUGAUUGGGCUCUGCGCGCCGCCGUUGGAGCCAAUCAGAGGUGAUAAUAGCGGGAGGACGUGUAGUGUUGAGCCUUGUUUCUGAAUAGACUCUGAGCAUGGAGCAGUUCGCCGAGUCGACGAGCGGCGGAGAGCAGAUCGUGGUGCAGCCGUCCAGUGGAGCGGUGCAGCAGCAGAGCGCAGUGACUGCAGUACAGCUGCAGGCCGACGGCCAGGUGGAUGUGGGUUCAGGCCAGCAGGUUCAGACGCUCCAGGUAGUUGAAGGGCAGCCUUUAAUGGUGCAGGUCAGCGGGGGUCAGCUCAUCACCCCUUCCGGGCAGCCCAUAAUGGUACAGGCCAUGCCGGGAGGACAGGCGCAGACGAUCAUGCAGCUACCGGUGACGGGCUCGCAGGGUCUUCAGCAGAUCCAGCUCGUGCAGCCGGGACAGAUUCAGCUCUCAGGAGGUCAAACGCUGCAGGUACAAACAGCACAGGGACAAACUCAGCAGAUCAUCAUCCAGCAGCUGCAAACUGCAGUGACCGCAGGACAGAACCAACCUCAGCAGAUCACAGUGCAGGGUGAGCAGGCUCAGACGGCGGAGGGUCAGACCAUCCUGUACCUGCCGGUCAACGCUGAUGGAACCAUCCUCCAGCAGGGCGUGAUCACUAUUCCGGCUGCCAGUUUAGCAGGAGGUCAGAUCAUCCAGGCGGGUUCAAACGUGAGCGGCACCGGGGGUCAGGGCACCGUGACUGUCGCCGUUCCCGUCACAGGAAACAUGGUCAACGCUGGAGGAAUGGUCAUGAUGGUCCAAAGCGGCGGCUCUGUCCCGACCAUGCAGCGGAUCCCUCUCCCCGGAGCUGAGAUGCUGGAGGAGGAGCCGCUCUACGUCAACCCCAAGCAGUACCACCGCAUCCUGAAGAGACGCCAGGCCCGCGCCAAGCUGGAGGCCGAGGGCAAGAUCCCCAAAAGGAGGAGGAAAUACCUGCACGAGUCUCGUCAUCGGCACGCCAUGGCACGGAAGCGUGGUGAUGGCGGGCGCUUCUUUUCGGGGAAGGAGAAGGAUGAGCUGGACGUGCAGGUAAACGUUAAACCCCGUGUGGGGAUAGUGACAGCCCGGACCAGUUUACUGAAGGAUGAGGAAACGAAAGUGUAGACUUUUUUUCAAAUUAAUUGGUUCCAGCCACUGGACAGGAGGCAGUUGGAGGAUUUUUGUGACGAUGGUUUUCUUUUUGGACGCCUCUUUAUUUUCCUCUUUGUGUGUUUCUUCUUCGGCAGACUACUUCACUGGUUGUAGUUUGACAGUUUGUUUUCUAGCAAGUCUGAUUUUUGAGAAAUUUUCAUUCCUUUAAGACUUAAGGAUUGUAAUGGUUAUGGUGUAGGGUUUCACUUUACUGCAAAUAUUAGUAAUAACAUGAGAUCACAGAGCUUAAAGGACUAGUUCAACCUAACUUGUGGUUACAACAAAUACAAAUUUCUAAAUGUUUCCCUGUACUGAGAAAAGAACUCAAAGUUUCAGCGUAAAGGUGUAAAGAUUAAAUAAAUAUAAAGAACGUAGUUCUGGUCGCAUUACGUCUUCCUGUAUCCAUGUGGCAUGAGACUCUCAGAACUAGCUCUGAUCGUAUUCUAAUUCUUCCUUCUCUUAAAGGACUGAAUAAUUCCUGCCUAAAUCUUUAUUGACACACCAGCAACUGCCCUUAGACUUCCAUUUAUAAGUGAGUUUGGCAUAAACAAGCUUUCUGUUACUUUCUCGGUGCAGGGGUGGGGGAUUCAGUGAAAAACCCUGAAUUAUUUUGUUAAAUGCAAACUGUUAUAGGGACAGAGACAAAAAAAUAUAAUAUAAGCUUGUGAGGACCUUAGACUUUUGAUUGACACACCAGUGCCAUUUUUAUCCAUAUAUUUCUUUUUUAUAUAUAAGAAUUCAGCCUGAGUAAUUAAAGCAGUAUUGCAAAACAAUAACAGUUCAUUAAGCUAAAGUUCAAGGAGUGUGUUCAUGUUUGUACAGGCUAGACAAGCUAAAUGGACAUGCUGUGCAACAAUAGCACUUGCAUUGCUUCUAGCUCUUUCCCUGUUACUUCCUUGGAUGAAGGUACUUUCAUACCUGCACUGUGGGUUUUUACUGAUGACCUACUAAGCUCGUCUUAUUGUAAAAUAAGCCAAGAGUUUCUAAGCAGUUGUGCACUAGCAAAAAAAAAAAAAAACAAAGCUCCUGAUGGCAUAAGAUGAGUGUUUUUUUUUUUUGUAUGAUUUUGUAUUAAGUAAUACACUAGGCGAAAUGAAUGAUAAGGGAGUUUGAGAACGUAUGUUUUUACUACGCAAAGGUAUAAUUACUUUUCAUAGCAAUAAUUAAUCGAAUGACUAUUUGUCUAAUCUUAACUACGACACGGUGUGUGAUGUGUAAACCCGACAGUAUUGGGCAACAAUGCAAUGUAUGUAUGUAAGUAAUUAGCUCGAUAAAGGGCCACUUUUAUUUCAGAUUUUAUGCCAGUCGGGAAAUAAAACCCACAAGGCCAGUCGGUGUAAGACUACGAUCGAUUUGAGUGCACAGAUUUGUCAGGAGGGCGUCUGCCCAAAUAAGAUGUGAAUACAGUACUUUUUAUGUACUGAUUUUUAAUAAUGUACGCCUGGUUUUCACCUUCAGCUUCAAAAUGUGAUGAGAAAAACCUUGAGUGAGUUUCGGUGUUUGAUCGCUGGAUGGAUUUGUCAGUAUUCGGUAUUUUUAAUGCUACUGGGGUAAUUCAGAGAAUUUACAGCAUCUGUCUUUGAAUGUAAGGGGAAUAAACACGACGUUGUAAUUCCAGUGCUGUAAAUAAGAUAUGUACAGAUAAGCUACUGUUCGUAACUACAUUUCAUAUGUCUGACGUCUCAAUCCAAGUCUCGGAAACCCAUUCAAAAUGUAAAGCCUUGAUUGAGAAGAUUUUGUUGUCUUUAUUUGUUGUUGGUUGUUGUCCCCCCUCACCCCCCCAGUCAGAAUAAAGAAUUUAAAACACCUA